ACAUCACGGUGUAAGAUGGGGAGACGCCGACAUCCUGAUUUUUAUAGGGCUCCAUUUCCUCUUUACUCAAUACAAAUUCAUCCAGAGAGUGGCCUGGUCAUAACUGCUGGGGGUGGAGGAGCCUCCAAUACUGGUAUCAAAAAUGCCAUGCAUUUUCUGCGCUUAGAAAGGAUUUCAGGAAAGCUGAGUGCCUCCCUACUGCACUCCCAUGAUACUGGAGCCAGAGCUACCAUGAAUAUGGCCUUAUAUGGGGACACUCUGGCAGCAGGACAGGACUCUACGUGCCAAGUUCUACACUUUCAGAUCCUACCACUGGAAGCAAGUCAGGACAAAACUGUAAGCAAUGAUCAGGUCUUCAGGAAGAGGAAGCCAUCAAAAGAUGUCACUGAGGACAAGAGUAAUCUUACGAAGAAUAAGACCCCAGAAAUCUGUGUGGUAGCCCUAAACACGGUACAGACGGACUUCAGCCCUGACAGUCUGCAGAAAGCAGUUUGCUUCAAUCACGGCGGUUCGAAGCUGUUGACUGGUGGAGUGGAUGGCUAUCUACGUGUGUGGGAGUUCCCGGAAAUGAAGAAGGUUCUGGAUUUUAAAGCUCAUGAUGGUGAAAUUGAGGAUGUUGCAUCCAGUCCUGGGAAUAAGGUAGUCAGCAUUGGUCAGGAUUUCCGAUGCUGUGUAUGGGAAGCAGAUCAACUGCUUUCCGAGCUGCGCUGGAAUGAGAACCUGCCCAAUAUCCCAGAUAAAAUGUACCGAUACCGGGCGUGCAGGUUUGGGAAGGUGGAAGAUGAUAAAAAUGCUCUCCGUUUAUACACUGUCCAAAUCCCACAUAAAAGAGAGCGUCGCCCACCUCCUUGCUACAUCACCAAAUGGGACGGGAUUCGCUACCUGCCCCUGCUUACUCAGCCCUGCGGGAACGAGGUCAUAUCGUGCCUGGCUGUCAGUGAUUCUGGGACGUUUCUUGGGCUUGGCACUAUUACUGGCUCGGUGGCGAUUUACAUCUCAUUUUCUCUGUCUAAACUCUACUAUGUGAAAGAGGCCCAUGGCAUAGUGGUCACAGACUUGGCUUUCCUUCCAGACACUAUCAAAGGUCGUAAGCUGCAGGGGGACAACGAGACGGCCCUGCUGAGCGUUGCUGUGGAUAGCCGCUGUCUGCUGCACAUGGUGCCCAACAGACGGACUUUUCCAAUUUGGCUUUUUCUCAUUCUCUGUGUCCUGCUUGUGGUGUUUGUCAUUCUCUUACUUCAACACGUAUUCCCGAACUUCUUUUAAAUGCUGUUUAGACCAACAGCCCACAUUCUUUACUGAACAGAAGCCUGGGAUAUAGGGCCGAUUUUAUCCCAAUCCAAUUACUGCUUCUGGGAUUACUACUGGAGCAGCUGUAGAUCUUCAACCCUAUCACACGACUGGCAUUGGACAGCGAAUGUCUCACCAUAUUGAACGAGGAGCGAAAAGGAGAUGAUUAUCAUAGAAGUGCACUUUUAACUCUGCUACUUGAUAGUUUUCAUCUAGCCACAUGAAAAGAAGGUUAUUGCAGAGAAUGUGGUUUAAUAAUGUUAUUAAUGGAACGAAAGUGUUGAUUUUAAAACUGUUCUUACUGGUAGCAUCUUAAGCUCAGGAGGUCCCAAAAGAGUUUUUAUCAGCAGGAGGAGUUUAUUAACUCCCGCAAUAAUUGGAGUCAGAACUUGAAGCCUUUUCUACAUUCCUUCUGCUGACCAUGCACAAUGUUCUCCACUUCCGUGUCACUAAGAGAGGCAAUCAGACCACGUUCUUCCAGUGGUUAAGCUUUUAAUAGUCUUACCAGACAGUGGGCCUCUAUCCUUCCGCCUCGUGGCAGAGGUGUUAAGAGCUGAAGGCACACGCGUUUACAUUUUUUUUUAAUGUGCCGUUGUAUUGUAUGGAUGUCUGAUUUAAUAUUGGCCCACAGCAGCAGAUCUUCUAGUAAGAAAACAUGCAAACUGUGUGUUACAGUUCUAAUUUCUUGGAUUACAAGUUUAUGAAUCCUACAUCCAUUUGGACCUAAUGUGACAUUGAGAAGGAGAAUACUUGGGGAGAUUGGUAAAGACAUAAUUAAUGUGUAGAGGCUGCACUU